AUGGAGUGUAACAAAUUCUCCAAAGUAAUAUGUACAUCGUCAUCCUCUUCCAAAAAAUAUGACAUGCCCCUACAUUUGAAGUGCAGUUUGACUUAUCGUGGGGCGGAAAUAAAACUGAGUCUUAAUCGAAAUCACCCAGAUAGAUAUCACCUGCCUGUGUACUCAAUGACAGACGGUAGCAUUGUAGAGGAAAUCACAGAUGACCUUCAGACCAAGUCCACAUCUGUUGCCUUCUAUCAGAACCAUGACAAUACAGCGACAUUUAAAGUCGAAAGGAUCAUUAGCCAAUCUUCCUCUUAUUUCACGCUGACAGGUUACAUGUUUAGAGAAAUGAGUCACGUAAUAAUUCACCCUGUCCCUGGACAAACUGAGCAUAGAAUUGCAUUGUCACGCCAUGACGAAGCGAAGUUUGACGUUGGGGAGCACUUGAAGAAACCUCAACCCGGAACAGGUGAGAGAGCAGCACCACAUGACACGACCACCGCACGACUCGGUAAGAGGGCAACAUCACAUGACACCACCAACCCACAGCUCAAUAUGGCAGAGAUUCUUGUCUUUGUGGAUUACAAGUUUUACAGCAAUUUGGUUGUUAACGAGACUGCUUUCACGCACGCAACUUCCUCUGGUGUGGCCACUUUCCUGAGCGAGUACAUCGCACUCAUUUUUGACAGUACUAACAUUCCGUACAGAAAUCUCGUUAAAAGUGGACUGAACUUUCUCCUAAAGCCUGUGGGAGUAAUAGUAGCCAAGACAAAAUUGGCAUCGCCAUGGACAGAAAAGAAUUUGAUGACAUCAACACCUUUUCCUAAUAUGGUCAAUGCAUCACUUGCUUUAGACAGUUUCCAUGACUACAUUGUCAAACACAAUGCUCUCCCUCCUCACGACCACGCCAUGCUUUUGACGGGAUAUGAAAUGAAGGACAGCACCAUUGAGAAGAAUAAUUACACAGAUAUAUUAGGUAUGGCAUCUCUAUCAGCGAUGUGUGGAUCAUACUCUCAAUCUGUCGUGUCAUCCCAAGUAGAUUUUUCACCAGCCUUUACCAUUGCGCAUGAAGUUGGGCACAGUCUAGGGUCAAAACAUGACGGACAGAAUAAUACAUGCCCUAACGAUGGUCACGUGAUGAACUCCACUCAAGCCAGAAACACAUCGCUUGUUUGGGAAUUUUCGUCGUGUUCCAUAACCUACUUUAAGACUUACCUCAAUGAACUAGACAGAACUCACAAUUGUCUGGUAACUCAGGAAAACCAUGCUACUAACCACAAACUGACCAUACAUGAACAUGAGUGGUUUGGUCAGAUUUAUUCCGCAGAUCAGCAAUGCCAACUCUUCCUAGGUUCAGAUUCAUUUAUGGAAAGGGACGAAUAUAACUACACUGGGGCCUACCAGACAGCGUUCUGUCUACAGAUGGUGUGUUUUGAUCCUUGGGAUGACGAUUUCAACAGAUAUGCUGUACCGGGAGAUGGGACAACUUGUGGCCAUCAAAAGUGGUGCAUGGCAGGGAAAUGUGUUCAUCAACCAACUUUGACUCACAGCACUGAUACCUGUCCUCAAGGAGAUAUUCCUGGUCGUUGGCUUAGAGUGGAUUACCUCGAGGAAGAUAAGAUACUGCAUACAUUCAACUUCACCUCUUCUUGCAAGGCAUAUGUACAAAACAGACCAGAAGAGUGCUACAUUCCGAAGUUGAAAUAUUCGUGUUGUCAGAGCUGCAGCAACAUGCCUUUAUAUUCGAAUGGCGUCCUCCCCGCUUCUGUGUAUACUUCUGUUCUCCCAGAAGACUCGCAGUGUAAGCAGACAUUUGGCAGCAACUCCUACUUCUGUGGAAGAAAGGUUUACGCUGACAACGAAACAUAUGAUUUCUGUAGUGCACUAAGAUGCUACCUUCCUCAAGACGAUCUUUGUCAUUCUAUAGUGGCACAGGACGGUACAAGGUGCUCCUUCAAUAAAUGGUGUGUUGCCGGUGCCUGUGUGGACGACCCUAGAGCAUUGCUUCCACUAGAUUACAGUAUGAUACCAAGUCCCCAGGAGCAAUGCCAAGUCUCAUAUGGUUCUGAUGCCAAAUUCUGCGCGAGAACAGAUACAUAUGAAAAUAGUUAUCAUGACAUAUGCCAGAAGCUGUAUUGCAUCCUACCAGAACAAAAACUUUGCAAUCCCAUUUUUGCCCUUGAUGGAACUCCUUGUGGUCGCAAAAUGAUUUGCAGGGAGGGAUCGUGUAUUCAUAGUGAGCAUGGACUGGAUCUUCCUGACAACUGCCUAUACGUAGACAAGAGUACUUGGUGCCCACAAAAUAUUGUUGGGCCCGAUACGGCGUACAAAUGUUCGUUCGGACACAACGCAGAUAUCUGUUGUUUUACCUGUCAAAAGUACGCCAACAUGUCUAUGCCAGCCGAUUGUCGCUAUGGAGACGAACUUUCAUACACGCGCUAUGAAUUGACCUGUAAUCAACUGGUAUUGCCAUCCCCUCAACAGUGUUACGAGCCAACCAUCAAAGAGAGAUGUUGUCAAUCAUGUUACAACGCCGCCCACUCACUACCAGGUAAAACAACUCCUUCAGCUUUAGAUGACCAGUGCCGCCUUUUAUUUGGUGCAACCUCCUAUUUCUGUAAGACAGUGGACACGUAUUCUACUUCAUUUGAACCCCUGUGUGGAACUAUGUAUUGCGCUGAUGCUAAUGGUAAAACAUGUCAUGGAAUCAUUGCGGCAGACAGAACACCUUGUGGACCAAAGAAGUGGUGCCUGAAUGGAACAUGUGUACAUGACGAUAAUGCUCCUAAUAUACCCAAUUCUUGUGUGGCUGGUGACGUCCAGUCCUGGUGUUCCACGAAAAAGGCAAACGGCUCAUACAAAUACACGUAUGUCUGUUACACAAGUCAAAAGGAUGAAUGCUGUGAUAUGUGUAACAAAGUCCACAAUCCAUCUGAGAAAGGUUGUGAAUACGGGGAUCACUCUAGUUCCUGUGAGAGAUCGAAAUGUUCAACGUACGACGACCAUUCAAGAAACGUUCUUUGUUGUAGAACAUGUUCUUAAUAAUUGUAUUUUUUUAAUACCUUAAACAUCUUCAGUUAUGCAGGUAGUAUUUUUUUUUUUGUAAUUCAAAAUAUA